AUCAGUGCCUCGCUAUGGCAUCACCGUCUCGGAGGAACGAGCAGUUCUUCUCUUCCUUGUCCCGCCUGGGUUUGGUCCACCAAUUCUGACAUUCAGUGAUGCCGCUAAAGAUCGCUGUUGGCUCGGCGACGAUUACACACCGCUCGUGUCCUUUUUCACGGACAUGUUUGGGAACUCGAUCGAAGGUCGUUGGGAUCGGAACUGUCGACUUCCCCACCAAGAUCUCGCCAACCCAGACCGGUCCGAGCUCGCACGGCGUCCUCCACUUGAAGAAGGUGCUGCACGCUCCUAGCAUCAUCUGCAAUAUCAUUGGACAACCCCUUCUGGAUGACUGCAACGUCUUAACUUCGUUCUCCGAAAGCUCCUUGGGUAGCUCCGGUUCUAUUACCAAGCUCUCCGACGGUCGCUCCGUAGCCUACUUCAACCCUUUGAAUCGAGGUACCCGGUGUUCGAAGUCCGGCUUAGCGGGCUUCCAGUCGGCCCCAAGGUUGGGCCACCGCCUUUUAACUCGUCCGAGGAAUACAUGAUUCAUGCUUUCUGGCCCGAGAGCGAGCGGCAGAGAUUUGCAGCCUUACAGGCCUCUCGUCAGAUUCCAGCCACUGCCUCUGGGCCUCUAACAAGCGCCGAGAAGGCAUGGCUAAAGAGGCACUACAGAACUGAAUUCAAUUUUCUCCGAGUCCACGGGUUAAGCAUCUUCAAGGACGAGGAUCGAGAAGAAGGCCGUGCCAUUUUGCGAGCCGUCAUGUCAAAUGACGGCGAUGAACCAGGAAACUGUUCCUAAAAGAACCCACAUGACUG